AUGAAAAAAAAUAAAUUAUUUAGUAUUUUCAGUAAACCUAAAAAGUCUGUCAACAUUUCUUUGACAUCAAUAAGUACUACAAACAUAAUUGUUGAUGUUGAACAUGAUGAAUCUGUAGAUGAUCCUAAACCUAUAGUUGUGAAUGUUGUACACCAAAAUAAUGAACCUGUGAAGUCUGUACAUGUACCCACGCAAGAUGUACAGUGUGGUAUUAAUGUAAUUUUAGAUUUAGGUGAUAUUGACUCGGGCCCAGCAAGUAAAAAAAAAAAUGGAAUAUUUUAA